GCCGAGAUCAAGGCACCCGUGGGGGGAGGAUGCGGCGGCGCUGCUCCGGCGGCUUCACGAGGGGCGAUACCUGCCGGGACCCUACCUCCCGGAUGCGCCGCAUGUAGUAUCCCCCGACGCUGUCAAGGCCGCCGCCGAGCGGUUCGGCAACGAUCACCAGGUCGUCGCCAAAUGGUUGUCCGGAAGUGACUUGAAGAAGGUAGCAUUGUUUGGCUGCCCAUCUGUUGAGCGAAGAACAGUUUUUGCAUCAAAAAGAUUACGAGCUUUCUUCAACUUGCCAGAAGAGAAAGUAUGCAGCUCUUGCAAGAUAAGAAGUUCAUGCCAGUUUAUUAACCAGGAGGUGCCUAGGUAUGAUAAAGUGAUCUUGUCAGAUACUAUGAGGAUCCUUGCUUUGUUUGUACUGGAUGCAUAUCCUGAGCCACUACAGGUUACUGCUGAAGUAAAAGCUAGUGUUCGCAAACUUCUCAAGGACACCAUAAAUCUAAGCAUUUAAGUGCUUUCAGGAUAAUUUGUAAUCAGUGGAGGUACUAUGUACAUGUCAGGUAGAUUUAGGUUCAUUUUCCCACUCUUAAUUUUCUUUUGUGCCUCAAGCAUUGUAACAUGACCUGAAGCAACUAAUAGAGUGAUGGCAACAUUUAUUUGGAGCA